AUGGAUUCGAAUAUGCCUCUGCAACAUCAAUCCACCAAGCACCAGACGAUUCCCGGACCCAAGGUAAAAGCAUCUCUAAUGGAGCCACUGUUGCGCGACCUUGGACCAACUUUGGCAUCCCAGAAGGCUUUUUUGGCCUCCAGUGGACCUGCUGAACGAGCCGCCAAAAAGCAAACCGAUAAGGAUAACACACCCAAACCGGAUGGCACCAAGCCAAAAAAUCCGCUCUGGACAAUUGAGGAAGACAAGCUUCUCUGUGUCGCUUGGUUGAACGUCACCCGAGACCCUAUAGUUGGAACUGGGCAAAAAGCAGCCACAUUCUGGGAGAGAGUUGCCGCCUAUCAGAAAAAACUGGUUGAGGAUUACAACACCGAAAAGAAAAGGACCAAAGGUUUCAAAGAACUACCUUUCCGAUUAACAAACGCCACCAAAUGUCGUCAGGGCCAUAUAAUGAAAGUGUGUAGCAGGUUUGGCGGAUGCUAUGGCAAAGUCAAACGUUGA